AUGGGCAGCAGCCUCUCCGUAUGUGGCUUUGGCGACAGCGACGGCGACCACGACGCGCAACUGUACCACGAAAGCAAAGACUUUGCUCAGGACUUUGACAGGUUGGCAGCUGAGCGGAAACGUUCUCUCUCCAUGACAACAGACUCUUCUGUCGCGUCUAUCCUGUCCAACUCGGACCAACUUAUCCCGGACGUUUUUCUGCCUAAAGACAUUCAGGUGCUUUCUCAGCGUAGACAGCGCCAGCAUCACCACAGCAAGAACUCGUCAAUGGGGUCGUCCCGAGUCAGCAACUCGUCGUAUCGAGGUGUGGGCUCUGUGCACGUAGCGCGCAAUGCUGCUGACAAAAUCUCUGGCAGUGUGAAUAAAGCUUACGAGUUUGGCAUCAAGACGGCGUCUUCCAGCUUUGGCUAUAGCGAUGACGAGAGCAACAACCCCGUAGUUGUGUCCAAUGCUGUAGUCUGUCUGCCCAGGAUUAUCAAGUAA